GUGCGUUCUUGGAGCAGCUGGUGCUGAGAGAAGCGGGACCGGCAAAGAUGAUUCAGGCGAUUCUGGUUUUCAACAACCAUGGGAAACCGCGGCUGGUCCGCUUCUACCAGCGUUUUCCAGAAGAAAUCCAACAGCAGAUUGUUCGAGAGACUUUCCAUCUGGUCCUCAAGCGAGAUGACAACAUCUGUAACUUCUUAGAAGGUGGAAGCUUAAUUGGCGGCUCUGACUACAAACUCAUUUACCGGCACUAUGCGACCCUCUACUUUGUGUUCUGUGUGGACUCGUCAGAGAGUGAGCUGGGCAUCUUGGACCUCAUCCAGGUUUUUGUGGAGACUCUGGAUAAGUGUUUUGAAAAUGUCUGUGAGUUGGACUUGAUCUUCCAUAUGGAUAAGGUGCACUACAUCCUCCAGGAGGUGGUGAUGGGUGGGAUGGUGUUGGAAACAAACAUGAAUGAAAUUGUGGCUCAGAUUGAAGCUCAAAACCGCCUGGAGAAGUCGGAGGGCGGCCUCUCAGCAGCCCCGGCACGGGCCGUGUCAGCUGUGAAGAACAUCAACCUUCCAGAGAUUCCCAGGAACAUCAACAUCGGCGAUCUCAACAUCAAAGUUCCCAAUCUGUCCCAGUUUGUGUGAAGGUGGAGGACUGGGCUGAACUGGAGUUCUUAGGAUGAGCAAAGCAGUCAAGUCCAGAAGCAGAACCCUGUUGAGCCUUUACAGUCGCACCUGGGGGCCCUGAGCCUUUCACAGAGUGGGAAGGGAGCUGGGUGCACACUGCCUGGCCAUCCUGCUGCUCUCUGAUACACAGGGCUCUGGUAGACACCAGGGCACUAAGCCACUGCUCCUUUGCCUCCCCCCUCCCUCACAGCUGCCCUCAGGGCCAGGGACUGUGAACAAGCCACCUGCUCCCCAGGGCCCCACCGCUGGGACUGAAUACAUCUGACUUCCUCUCUAGCACCAAGGGCUUCUGAGAUCCUGUAUCACUUACUGGGAAGAGACCAGGGAGAAGGGCCAGCCUUUCAGCUGUCAGGCGUGGUGAGUUGGCAGGUGAGGGCAGGGUGUGUGCUGCCUCUGCUAGGGCCUCUAUGCCCUUUGAAUGGCCAAGCACUGUGGUCCGCAGUUGCUGCAGAGCACAGUUUCCUUACUAGCAUAUUCCUUCUUGUUGUCAGAGGCAUCUAUGUGCUGGAUGGUUUAAGUCACAUUCUGGGUGCAUGAUGCCGUAACCACUACACACACACACACACACACACACACACGCGCGCGCAUGCACGCACGCACGCACGCACGCGCGCAUGCACACACGCACAGAGAGAGAGAGAGAGAGAGAGAGAGAGAGACCUAGAACCCUCUCCCAGAGGAGAGACCAAUUUGUGUAGAAUGUGACGACUGAAUCCUUCCCAAGUUAUGACUCUUCCCAAGUUUAAAAUACACUGUUCUCUUGGAAGCAGAAGGUUCGGUGCUGUGUUAUGAAUGAAGAACUCUCCACAUACACACACUUGUUCAGAAACCCACUCCAGUCUCCCAUUCUAGAGCUGGGAGCCUGCACUGGGUGCUCUGUAGACUGAGCCUGCAGCUCUGGAACCCUGCAAAUAUUAACACGUGCUGGUGCUAAGGCUGAUGCACCUCCACGGGGAGCCGCCCCACCCAGCGCCUCUCUCUCCUGACAGUGCAUUCCCACGGCUUGAGAUGCUGAUGUCCUAGGAGGACCACGUGUCUCACCCAGUGUGUCUCAGUUCCCAGCAGGGCUUCCUGCAUUCUGCCAUUGCUAAUGCAGCGCCCUGUCCUCACCCUUUCAGUCCCAUCAGAGCUGCAGUGAUGAUGGACACUUGGCUAGAGGACAGACCUGAGACCAAUCCCUAAUGCACUCUCCCGCAGCAUGUUAUUUCUAUUUUAUGCUAUUUUAUUGCCAUUUGAGUACAUUCAUGCCCCAUUCAUGCAGGAAUUAAGCAUUUGCUGUAGGGUGGGUGACAUGAGAAGACCUUUAAUACUCCUUACUAGAGACUUUUUAAAAAAGAUUUAUUUUAUUUCUGGA